AGCGGAGCGUGUAUUAUUAUUUAAGCAUGAGUGGAAAAGCUGAAUUGUAAUGUGAGCAGAGUGGGGGCAACACCACGUGAUCCAAUGCGGAAAUUGUCCAGGAGAGACCUAGAGAGAGCUGAGGGGAGUGGAGCCGAGCUGCAGAUGUACACUUGUGUCUGGAGCCGAGGCUGUGUUACACUCUGCACCGCCUGUGUUAAACAACAGUUCAUCAGACACUUCGCUUUGGGGUUUCUGCUCAGGUUAGAUGUGCGGCCUCCGUCUGUUGUGAAGGGAGCAAGGGUCGCUUUGAGGUCAGGCUGCUGGGAUGACAAGGCUGUGACACUGUGUGUAUCCAAGUGUGUCUACAUUGGACCAAUUCCUGUGACAUGGCUACUGCUAAGAAGAGUCGUGCGAAGACAGGUGGCGUGCGCUUCUCCGAGGAACCCCCCGCUGCCGGAGCCCCAUCUCACGUUCACUUUGACGAAAAGCUGCACGACUCGGUUGUCAUGGUGACUCCUGAAGAGGAUGGGAACUUCAUGGUCAAGGUUGGCUUCCUGAAGACACAGCACCGGUACGAGAUAGUCUUCACCCUGCCUGAGGUCCCAGCUCUGGGUAAAGACGUGUGUCCAGCGCCGGUACCAGGUCCACACCUCCGGAUCACUGAGAUCACUCCAGCACCAGAGGGAGGGCUGAAGAUAAAGUGUGAGUACAUGGCCCAUCAGGAGGGAGUAUUAUGCGAGGAGGUGCAGCUGCUGAGCGAGACCAACGAGGACGUCUGCGUCAAAGUCAAAGUUCACGCCAGAGUCAUGGAUCGUCACCACGGGACGCCCAUGCUGCUGGAGGGAGUCCGCUGCCUCGGUAUGGAGCUGGAGUACGACUCUGAGCAGAGUGACUGGCAAGGAUUUGACUAAAUCUCAAGCUUCCGCUCCAGCUUAAGUUCACAAACACACACAUAUACAUUAAAAGGCACACACGAGUCAUAUUCAUGUAGAGAAAGUAAUGUUGAUUUACCAUAAACACACGUAUGAUGCGUGCCAUGCACUGUGCUGCAUCACAGUGGUUCAUCCCAGCCUCAGUGUUCAAUGUUGGACCUUGGAAGAUAAAAAAAAAAAAAAAAAAAAAAAAAAAAGACAAACAUUCCUCGGCUGCAGCCGAGCAGACAUUUCAGCUCCUUUCUGCAAGUUCUCCCUGUUUUCACUUGUCCAGCUGUGUUUUCCUUACUGGACCUCUAAGGGGCAGCAGCGCGUCGUUAACUUGGCGGCUCUUUUUCUGUGCUGCUCGAGCUCUGUCCCACGUAGAUAUAUAUGUUUGGGAGGAAACAAGGGCUUAUUUACCAAUUAAAACACGUGAUCCCAAAAGAAUGAAGAGAUCUUCACAAUUCAGGGAAACCGAGAUGAACUGAGGAGCAAUGCCGGACAUGCAAUAUCUCUUUUGAACCAUAAGGGGGCACUGCAGACCACUGGAUGAUAAAACGCUCUGCUGCAUUGUGGCCAUAUUUGUAGGAAAUAAUAAACACAACUGGUUCCAUAUCUUCAAUAUUUGGUGUUAAUGCACUUCAGGAGUUGUAACUGACAUUUCUGUUCUACUCACUUAACCUCAACCUGCCUCGACUGCUAGUACCACUACGGCUUUUUCUUUUAACUGUACUCCAGACUGCUUUUCUUUGAGCAAAUCCAAAAGAACAGGUGCCAGCUGGCCUCAAUAGGUGUAGAGAUGGGACACAUUUGUUGCUGCAGUACAAGUUGGAGGUGGAAAAUGAUGCCCCCAAAACAUGUUUUGACACCGUGUGCACAUGUGUCAGGAUUUCUAGGAUGGAUUUCUCGCUGUGUGCUCGUUGUUAUGUGUGUAACAUAAAAGACGAGCUGACACCUAGAGCUGAGCUUUGCUUUUGAUUGGACACAGCUCGUGUUUUUUGCUACUGAACUCCUGUGUGCCCAGUGUCACGUAAUUUUAAAAAAGGAAAACAAACAAAAUGCCACAAGAUGUGCAUAUCUAAUAGCUGUUAAUAAAUGAUUAACAAUUCGUUGCUUUGGCUAUAUUUUAUUUUUUAAUCAGGUUUAGGAUUUUCUUGCCGUUCAAUAGGAAUAAACCAUUUUCUGUAUUUUCUGUGUUGACACUGAACUUUUUACCCGUUUAUCAAAAGGAUAAGCAGUAGACUGUUCAACAAUCUCGUGGUAUCGAAGUGUUUUAGGUGGAUUUUUCCUUUAAGAAGCGUUUUGUUUCUUUUGCAUGAAUUCGCGAAGCCUUCGGAAACAAACAAGUGCCUUUCACUGCACCGUCCUGUUUCUCUCUUAACUUCAUUUAACCGUUUGCAUCCUGCCUCUCACUGUAGCUACGGGACAAACGUCCAGACACGGUUUGAGGUGAAGUGAGUAUUGGACUGUCUGGGAAAUAAGCAACUAUCUGCAUUACUGUUCAGCAUGACACGGUGUGUUGUCUCUCCAGUGUCUCAAUAAGGCGUUUCAGUCUCUCUCUGGCAUCUCAUUGCUGAUGAGAGGGAGCUGACACUUUGUCUGUCACAGUUUAUGUUUGUGCCAUGAUCUGGCUGCACUGCCAUCUUCCUUAUCCGCAUCCAUUUAAAAAAAAAACAAAAACAAAACAACUCCUUCUUGUGUGUCUACUUGUUUUGUGUUACAUUGAAUGCAUCCAGCCUUAAAGGAAACGUUUCAGUGUGUAAUUUCUCUUUUGGUUAGAUCUCAAGCUGUUGGUGUAGUACUGAUUCAAUAAUUUGAUGUUUGCUCGUGCACAAUAGGUCAAAGUUCCUUUUUAGUGUGAAACUAAAGUGCUCAAUAGGUUUCAAGAAUGUAGCAGUUUAGUUUGUGCGUUCCCGGUGUGUGUGUAUGUUUGUGUGUGUGUGUGUGUGUGUGUGCGCGUGUGAUUUUUAUUUUAUAAUGUGAAAGAUGAAUAAACAACUGUUUGAGUUAC